GGUCAUCUCCUGUACUGUGUCCGCAGUCUCUGGUCAUCUCCUGUACUGUGUCCGCAGUCUCUGGUCAUCUCCUGUACUGUGUCCGCAGUCUCUGGUCAUCUCCUGUACUGUGUCCGCAGUCUCUGGUCAUCUCCUGUACUGUGUCCGCAGUCUCUGGUCAUCUCCUGUACUGUGUCCGCAGUCUCUGAUCAUCUCCUGUACUGUGUCCGCAGUCUCUGGUCAUCUCCUGUACUGUGUCCGCAGUCUCUGGUCAUCUCCUGUACUGUGUCCGCAGUCUCUGGUCAUCUCCUGUACUGUGUCCGCAGUCUCUGGUCAUCUCCUGUACUGUGUCCGCAGUCUCUGGUCAUCUCCUGUACAUCCGCAGUCUCUGGUCAUCUCCUGUACUGUGUCCGCAGUCUCUGGUCAUCCCCUGUACUGUGUCCGCAGUCUCUGGUCAUCUCCUGUACUAUGUCUGCAGUC